ACUGUGCGUGCCCUGUAUUUAAGGGGAGACGAAGUUAGCAUGCUUCUCGGUGGAUGUCUGUUCUGCCUGUUGUAUUUUUCCCAAAUCCAAGGAUACAUGGCGCUGGCCAGGGAUAGGCUGGUGGGCUUGUCCCGGAGGGACAGGUCUCUGUGCCAUUUGGUCGCCAGCGACCCUUCAGCCCGCUCUUUGAGCUUCCUAGCCCAGCUCAGAGGGUUCCAGGAUGGGGCGGUCCUUUUCCAAACCAGGUGGAACUGGCAGGGUCACCUGGAGCAGUGCAUCAUCUGGGAGGAGAAGCGCAUGAUCAGCGCUUACCUGGCCUUUUGUCUCGACAAGUGGGAGAAGCCACUGCCUCCCCCUACUUUCCUGAGAGCAUGGGACUCCCAGCUGGACAUGGAUCUGCGACAUCUGGAGGGGUGGGGGGUCAACUGCUCGAAUCCGCUGACCUCAGCAGCCGCUCGUGGCCUCUGGGACCCCCCCGUGUCCCCAAGCAGGCUCCUGCAGGGCAGGAGGAGGAGUGCUUCGCCUGCCCCCGCGAGGGGUCUCUACACCCCGAGGAGAUCCAGGUUCCUCCGAGACCCCAUCGCCGCCGCUGCUGCCCAGCGCAAAGGAGUUAGCCGGAGGCGGCGAGGUUGGACCUUUCCUGGGACCAUUUGGUGCGGAGCUGGAGACUCUGCUGAAAAUUUCAGUGAUUUAGGACUAUUUGAUCGGACAGAUUUAUGCUGCAGAGAGCAUGACCAUUGUGAACACAAAAUCUCUGCUUUUGAAUACAACUAUGGAAUGUGGAACUACAGGCUGCACACCAUAUCCCAUUGUGACUGUGAUUAUAGCUUCAGGAAAUGUCUCCUGAAUGUAAACGAUACUAUCUCCGCACUGGUUGGAAUAACAUUUUUCAGCAUCCUCCAGGUCCCCUGUUUCAGCCUGGAACUAGUUGAGCAUUGUGUUAAGAAGACAUGGUGGAGCCGCUGCAAUAUCACUGAACUGGUGCCACAGGCCAUUUUACAUCCUCAAUCCAAAUACAACUAUACCCAACCCAUUUUGGAUCAGUUUCAAACAGAAUUGGGUUCCAAACCCAUGGCAAACCCUGCAGCAACCAGCAGACAGAACCAAAUGGCCACUGGCCUCUCAGUUGGGUCCACCUCUGUCAGCUUGUUGCCAAACUCAACCCAAAAGAUUAAAAGGAAAAAUAAAAAGAAAUGUCAUAAGUGCAAUGGUCACUGGAGGCGGAAAACAAAAGUUCCUUCCCAAAAUACCUUGAAGAUGAGGUCAGAUAUGAUAUCCACAAUGGUGAUCAGCGGGAUGGAUUUUAGCCCUACCAUUAGGCAGAAUUUGGUGGAAAACUCAUUCUCUGUUGCCCUGGAGGAAAAAGAUGUUUCGAGAAAGCUUUUGCAAAGAAAUGCUUCCAAUGCCUUAGAUAGCCAAGUAAAUGGUUCCAUGGCUGUUGGAUUGGAUGAACAUAUCAAUAAAGAACAUGGUCUUUCCUUCCUGGGAGAACUGAGUACAGCAACCAGCUUACCUGAGAGUAUUCUCUCCACCUUAUCAUCCAGCCAAAAUGUAACUCUGCCGUUGAUAAGGCUGGACAAGAACAUCAGGGUGGAUAGCUCCUUUCCCAUUCCCCCAAGAAAGAAAUGCAACUUGAGCAGCCUUUCCAAGAACAGAAGGUCGAAAUCCUUGCUGAAUCAUGUGGAUAGAAAAGGCCUUGCAUCUGUCAAUCCAGCAUGUGGAAUUGGAAAUUGGAGCCGUUCUGGAAUCAUUGGCAGCUCCUCCUACGUUCAUCAGUCUCCAGAUCCGACCAGGCGUCACCAGACAAGAGAUAAAGGUAAUUCCAGAAUCUGCAACUGUUACAGACCCCUGGAUCGGUGUGAGUACAAGAUCUCUCCACAUGAAUUCAAAUUCUCAUAUUACAACCCAGAGCCCAAGACUCUCUAUCACUGUGACUGCACAAAGAGAUUUGCAAAACGGAUGAAGAAAAGAGUGAACGUGAACACAGUGAAGCAGCUGUUGUCUGAAUUUGUGUCACUGAGCUGUUUCUGGCUGAAAUCAGUGCUGAGGAAUUGCAGCAAAGAGGAACAGAGGCUGUGUGAAAAACAGUUACAUUCCACUGUGGCGAUCCUUUCCAAACCCAAAUAUCUCCAGAAGAUUCUGAAAGUCCAGAGGACUGUGGGUGAAUCCCUUUAUCCAUUAACAGAACAGCAAGAAAGAAACAAAAAUGAAACCUCUAUUGGCACUAACUCUGUUAAACUGUACAAGAAGUGUUUACAAAUGAUUCAGGCUUUAACUUUAAUGUAAAGGUUUAAAGAAUUCCU